AUGCUUGGGAUUCCUUCUAGGUUAGCUUUAAGGCUAUUAAAGUAUUUACUAGGCAGAGCGUGUUGUUCAUUGGUACUCCUAAACAUAUUUUCCAACAUUACUUUAAUUUCAGUUUACAAAAGCUGCGCCGAACAUUACAAAGGAGGUCAACGAAUAAGUGGUGUUUACCCCGUCGACCCCGAUAAUGCCGGUGCCUUUGAUGUGUAUUGUGACCAAACAACAGCAGGUGGGGGUUGGACAGUGUUUCAGAAAAGACUUGACGGCUCAGUUGACUUCGAUCGCGUUUGGAAAGACUACAAACAAGGCUUCGGGAGUCUAAGGGGCGAAUUUUGGCUUGGACUGGAUAAGGUUCACCGUCUGACGAAAGAACGAAGUAAGCUUCGGGUGGAACUCGAAGAUUUUAACGGACAAACAGCUUACGCUGAGUACGACUUGUUUGGCGUUGCUGACGAAGGAAACAAAUACAGACUAACCCUUGGAACGUAUGCAGGUUAGUGCUUUGAGGGGAAUAGACUGGAUGGGGGCACCUCCAUGAAGCAAAUGUUGAUUAAGUCAGUACAUUGACGGGAAGCAAAAGUUUACCUUACUUACAAUGACAUGCAUAAGAGAUUGUGACGAGGUCAAUUUAUUGAACGUUCAGAAGACGCAAAGUCAUCGUAAGAGCCGUUAAUCCUCUUCUCAUACGGAUAUCUUCAUGGCACGUUUCUCUCUUCAGCAAAAUAUGCAGACAUUUGACACCUUGCAAUGCGGGAAAUCCAGGUUUGCGCCCCCCCGUUACUCGUUACUAUCUGGAGUCUAACCCCUUAGUUGUACCCUUGUAUAUACCAUCCUUUAGCGAAAAAGGUACUUCUGAUGACAAAUGGUACCCCUUUCACAUACCUUAUAACUGGGGUAUAUCGUGAAAAGUAGUCGUCGGCCGCUCGCUCACCCAAAUAGGAGAGCUUGCUUGUAGGCUAGGCGUAUGUGGCCUCUCAGUAUAGGCCAUCAUAGGGAGUACCCGCCGGGGUUUCUCGAUAGUUCUGAGGUUCAACUUCCCGGCCAUUUUUGUGAAUUGCCAGUUUCUUGCCUUCUGCCAUUUGCUGUUUUUGACAGAACUAUGUUACGCCGGUUUUGUUCAGAUAGUAUCUUCAAGAGCUACACUUUAAAUUCGAGGUUACAGUAAAGUUGAUGUACCAUGCAUGAUGUGAUGUGAUCGAUUAUUUGUGAAUGGAGAUCAGCUAAGUGCACAUCCACUAUAAACAGGGGUUUACAUUUUACAUUUGUAUUAAAAUUUUUGUUUGUUUCUAUAUUCCUCACUUCAUUAAUUUGCUGUGAUUAAUUCAUUUUUCUAAUCACAGUAUUUUCUCCUUAAAACUUAGGACUUACUUUAACGUGGACCAGAGAGAUAAUGGGGUUGAGGCCUUGUUUCCAUUUUCAAUUUUCCUGUUAACCCUCCUGUUCGUUGCCCGUUCCCCGUUUUAAUUACGUCCUUGAAAACUGCAUGCACCAAUUUUUAACUUUUACUUAAAAUUAUCUUUAAUUUUCCCAAAACAAGAAAGUUUUUUAGUGACACCAUUCUUUUUUGAAAAUAAGAUGUCGUUUUAAUUCUUUAUUUAUCUUUGUAGGAACUGCCGGCGAUUCAUUUUCGUAUCAUAAUGGUAUGGCGUUCUCCACCAAAGAUCAAGACAAUGAUCUAGUAAAUAGUAAAGGCUAUUGUUCCCGGCGUUAUCAGGGAGGCUGGUGGUUCAAAAGUUGUCACCAUGCCUUUCUAAAUGGCUUCUAUUAUACAGGCUCACACUCCAACUCUUUUGGAGGUGUGAUGUGGAAACAUUGGAAGGGUCCCAGGUACUCCGCUAAACGUGCUGAGAUGAAAAUCAAACCUGUUAACGUUUAA